CCCCUGAAUACAUUAACACAUGAAUUUGUGUCUCUCACCUCCAAACUCAGCUCAAGUAAAUUAUUUGCAGUGCAUAAAUUUUGGGUUAUGGCUUCUGUUUGUGCUUCUUCUGCCAUUGCAGCUGUUGCCAUCUCCUCUCCCAGUUCCCACAAGAAUGGAUGCAUUGUGGGAUCAACAAAGGCUUCUUUCCUUGGUGGGAAGAAACUGAAAUUGAGAAAGUAUGUAGCACCAGCUGGAACACGAUCGGUUUCAGUGAGUGCAGCCGCAGCUGACCCUGACAGACCUCUCUGGUUCCCCGGCAGCACCCCUCCACCAUGGCUUGAUGGCAGCCUCCCUGGAGACUUCGGUUUCGAUCCUCUUGGUCUUGGAUCCGAUCCUGAGACCCUGAGAUGGAAUGUGCAAUCAGAGCUUGUACAUUGCAGAUGGGCCAUGUUAGGAGCAGCCGGUAUUUUCAUUCCAGAAUUCUUGACAAAAAUUGGAAUUUUAAACACUCCUUCAUGGUGCACCGCUGGAGAAUUGGAAUACUUCACUGACACCACCACCCUCUUCAUUGUUGAGCUGAUUUUCAUUGGGUGGGCGGAGGGCAGACGGUGGGCUGACAUUCUGAAGCCAGGCUGUGUAAACACUGACCCAAUUUUCCCCAACAACAAGCUCACUGGAACUGAUGUUGGUUACCCAGGUGGGCUCUGGUUUGACCCUCUUGGAUGGGGCAGUGGCUCUCCUGAGAAAAUCAAGGAGCUGAGGACUAAAGAGAUAAAAAAUGGAAGGUUGGCUAUGUUGGCUGUAAUGGGUGCCUGGUUUCAACACAUUUACACUGGCACAGGUCCAAUUGACAACCUCUUUGCCCACCUUGCUGAUCCUGGGCACGCCACCAUUUUUGCCGCCUUUACUCCCAAGUGAGAUAAUCAAGCUAGGAAGACGGCUGCCUUUUAAUUUCCAUGGUAACGUUAGAACUUGUGUUAAUUGCCUUUGUGUUUAUGUGUUCUAAUGAAUGGUCCUGUGAUGUACAAAUACCUCUGUGAACUUAGAUACCAUGAAUAUAAAUUCAGGUGAAAACCUAAA